UGUCUGUGAAGUUUCAGUUGGAUCCUGGACCUCAAGUCUUCUUCCAACAGUCUUUCAGUUAUUAAUUUUUUCAGGGUUUUGUGGAGAAGCAGAUGGAGAUUACAGAGAAGAAAGAAGGCGAUAACAAAGGCUCGAAUGCUCAGCAAGUGGUCGAUCCCUCAACGGCUGCUGAUGAAGAAGCAGAAGAGCAUGAAUGGCAAGCCCGUGAGCUCAAAGCCGGUUUGCAUCCAUUAAAGCACAAGUUUGUGUUUUGGUACACACGUAGAACACCUGGCAUUCGGACACAGCCUUACGAGGACAAUAUAAAGAAAAUUAUGGAGUUUAGUACGGUUGAAGGAUUUUGGGUCUGCUACUGCCAUCUGGCCCAUCCUUCUUCUUUACCAAUUCCUACAGAUUUACAUCUUUUCAAGGAAGGGAUUCGCCCUCUAUGGGAGGAUGCUGCCAAUUGCAAUGGUGGAAAGUGGAUAAUACGAUUCAAAAAGCUCGUCUCAGGUCGCUUUUGGGAGGAUCUGGUUCUAGCCUUGGUUGGUGACCAACUUGACUAUGGGAAUAACAUUUGUGGCGCGGUACUAAGUAUUCGUUUUAAUGAAGAUAUAUUGAGUGUCUGGAAUCGCAGUGCAUCUGAUCACCAGGCUGUGAUGGCUUUAAGAGAUGCGAUCAAACGUCAGUUAAAGCUUCCCUAUGGCUAUGUGAUGGAAUACAAGGCCCAUGAUGCUUCUUUACGUGAUAACUCGUCAUAUAGGAACACAUCGUUGAGAGGAUAGAGAUAUGCUUGCAUUGCUCCUUUUCAUAGGGCAUAAAGGCAUCCAGUGCUUUUCUUGUAGUUCUGGUAUUCUCCCUUGGUUUGUACGAAGCCAUCUAAUGAUCAUAGUGAUAUAUUCAAUUGGGGGACCUGAUAACUGAACAGGUUUGAUAUGAAUAUGGACAUCUUCACUCCUACU